GCAUGUGGAUUUUGUUCAUUCACAAGGAAAUUGUUGUCGCGUUCAGAUCAAAGCGAUUCGAGAGCCAGUGUAUUCCGGGAAGUGUGUGAAAGCCCUGUAACCAAAGAGAAAAGUUUAAAGAACUGUUCUGUGCAGUUAAUUAACAGAGUUUAGAAGUUUCGUUGAUUUUAAAGAAAGAGUUCACAAAUAGCUAUCAAGAUGCCGGAAGGACCAGAAGCCGAGACCUUCGCAUUCCAGGCUGAGAUUGCUCAGCUGAUGUCCCUGAUCAUCAACACGUUCUACUCGAACAAGGAAAUCUUCCUGCGUGAGUUGAUCUCGAACUCGUCCGAUGCGCUGGACAAGAUCCGCUAUGAAUCGCUGACGGAUCCCUCGAAGCUGGAGUCGGGCAAGGAGCUGUUCAUCAAGAUCAUCCCGAACAAGGAGGCCGGCACACUGACGCUGAUCGAUACCGGUAUCGGCAUGACGAAGGCCGACCUGGUGAACAACCUCGGUACGAUUGCCAAGUCGGGCACGAAGGCGUUCAUGGAGGCGCUGCAGGCCGGCGCAGACAUCAGCAUGAUCGGCCAGUUCGGUGUCGGUUUCUACUCGGCGUACCUGGUCGCCGACAAGGUGGUGGUGACGUCGAAGAACAACGACGACGAGCAGUACGUGUGGGAGUCGUCGGCCGGCGGCUCGUUCACGGUGCGCCCGGACAGCGGGGAGCCGCUGGGCCGCGGUACCAAGAUCGUGCUGCACAUCAAGGAGGACCAGCUGGAGUACCUGGAGGAGAGCAAGAUCAAGCAGAUCGUGAACAAGCACUCGCAGUUCAUCGGCUACCCGAUCAAGCUGCUGGUGGAGAAGGAGCGCGAGAAGGAGGUGAGCGACGACGAGGCCGAGGAGGAGAAGAAGGAAGAGAAGGAGGAGAAGAAGGACGACGAGCCGAAGCUAGAGGACGCCGAGGACGAUGAGGACAAGAAGGACAAGAAGAAGAAGACCGUGAAGGUGAAGUACACCGAGGACGAGGAGCUGAACAAGACGAAGCCGAUCUGGACGCGCAACGCGGACGACAUCUCGCAGGAGGAGUACGGCGAGUUCUACAAAUCGCUCACCAACGACUGGGAGGACCAUCUGGCGGUGAAGCACUUCUCGGUGGAGGGCCAGCUGGACUUCCGCGCGCUGCUGUUCGUGCCCCGCCGCAUGCCGUUCGAUCUGUUCGAGAACAAGAAGAAGAAGAACAACAUCAAGCUGUACGUGCGCCGUGUGUUCAUCAUGGACAACUGCGAGGAGCUGAUCCCGGACUACCUGAACUUCAUCAAGGGCGUGGUCGACUCGGAGGAUCUGCCGCUGAACAUUUCCCGCGAGAUGCUGCAGCAGAACAAGAUCCUGAAGGUGAUCCGCAAGAACCUGGUGAAGAAGUGUCUGGAGCUGUUCGAGGAGCUGGCCGAGGACAAGGAGACGUACAAGAAGUUCUACGACCAGUUCAGCAAGAACCUGAAGCUGGGCGUGCACGAGGACAGCCAGAACCGGCAGAAGCUGGCCGAUCUGCUGCGCUUCAACACGUCCGCGUCCGGGGACGAGUACUGCUCGCUGAACGACUACGUGGGCCGCAUGAAGGAGAACCAGACGCAGAUCUACUUCAUCACGGGCGAGAGCAUCGACCAGGUGAAGAACUCGGCGUUCGUGGAGCGCGUGAAGAAGCGCGGCUUCGAGGUGAUCUACAUGACGGAACCGAUCGACGAGUACGUGAUCCAGCAGCUGAAGGAGUACAAGGGCAAGCAGCUGGUGUCGGUGACGAAGGAGGGUCUGGAGCUGCCGGAGGACGAGGCCGAGAAGAAGAAGCGCGAGGAGGACAAGGCCAAGUUCGAGAACCUGUGCAAGGUGAUGAAGUCGGUGCUGGAGAGCAAGGUGGAGAAGGUGAUGGUGUCGAACCGUCUGGUGGACUCGCCCUGCUGCAUCGUGACGUCGCAGUACGGCUGGUCGGCCAACAUGGAGCGCAUCAUGAAGGCGCAGGCGCUGCGUGACUCGUCGGCCAUGGGCUACAUGGCGGGCAAGAAGCAUCUCGAGAUCAACCCGGACCAUGCCAUCAUCGAGACGCUGCGCCAGCGCGCCGAGGCCGACAAGAACGAUAAGGCGGUGAAGGAUCUGGUGAUUCUGCUGUUCGAGACGGCGCUGCUGUCCUCCGGCUUCUCGCUGGACGAGCCCGGAACCCAUGCGUCCCGCAUCUACCGCAUGAUCAAGCUGGGUCUGGGCAUCGACGAGGACGAGCCGAUGACGACGGACGAGGGCAGCAGCGGUGCUGCGGCGGCGGCCCCGGCAUCGGGUGAUGCUCCGCCGCUGGUGGACGACUCGGAGGAUCUGUCGCACAUGGAGGAGGUCGAUUAAGGUGGUAAAGAAGCUUUAGUAGAGCUUUACAAUUCGCCACACAACCGUUAAGGAAGCCACACACGCCAGUCUCUAGAUUUUAAAACUAUAUUUAUGUAAAUCGAUUCCAAAGGCUGAUAUUUGAAUUAAUGCAGAUAGGUCGCAUAGGUUUUGAUAAGAUUACCGAUAGGAUAGGAGAGCGCUGUCAGAGGUUGCACAACAUUACGGUUGAAAUCAGUAUUGAGGGGAAGCCAUAAAAUAGCAUAGUUUCUGUGUCCUAUCUCUUGUGACUGAGGAGUAGAGCACAAUAUUUUCCAUUUAUUCCUUAUCCCUCAAUUGCUGUCCCAACUCAUACGUUAGCAUCUGAUUGACCACAGCUGUACCCUUGAUUGUUGAAAUGAAAUCGAAGUUCUAACCGCGUUAUAGUGGAACAUAAGACCAUGGAAUUAAUAAACGUUUCGAGUCAUUAACAAACAUA